AACUCGGUCCACUUCCUCUUGGAAACCGCCUCUCUCCGGUAUUUGGUUCCCACCCACCCAAACAAAGCUCAGCUGGCGAUUUUUUUCCUCACAGAGACGAUACUUAGCUUCGUGUCUGCCCCAGCGGCAGUAACCUGAACCUGUUUUCAGAGGACUGGAUUCCUGAUAACCAGAAACCAUGACCAGUUGGCUCCCGUGUGUCCCGGUAACACGCUCAGCUGACUGAAGGCUUGUUUAUAAUUUCACUCAUUGCGCAACAAUAAUAACGUUAACCGAGCUAACCGCCAGCGCUACCAGUACUAACACCACCCGGCUCUGCGAGGCUGGGAGCAGAGAUGAAGAGCGAGCCGACGGCUGCUGUGUCCACUUUAAAGCGGAUUUGAUAGACGGGGCUCAGCCUUGGUUUUGGUUCCUGCUGGGAGGAGAUCUGAUGCUACGAGAGAUUUGUUGAGUCAAGCUAGCUACCCGCUGCCUUAUAAAUCAACUCCCCUCUGCUCUCCCUUGUUUGCUGUGCCGUGGUCUCUUCUCUGGCUUUUCCAGACGCCGUCGUUAUGACCGCAAUGCGUGUGGACGUCAAAGUGGUGAUGCUAGGAAAAGAGAGCGUGGGGAAGACUAGUCUGGUGGAGAGAUAUGUUCACCAUCGCUUCUUGGUGGGCCCGUACCAGAAUACCAUCGGUGCUGCUUUUGUUGCCAAGCCAAUCCAGGUGGGAGAGAAAGUGAUUACUCUUGGAAUAUGGGACACAGCUGGAUCAGAGCGUUACGAAGCCAUGAGCAGAAUCUACUACAGAGGAGCUCGAGCCGCCAUCGUCUGCUAUGAUCUGACUGACAGCAGCAGCUUCCAGCGAGCUCGCUUCUGGGUCAAAGAGCUGCAAAACUACGAGGAGCACUGUAAGAUCUACCUGUGUGGCACCAAGAGCGACCUGAUCCAGGAAGACCGGAGUCUUCGCAAAAUCGACUACCACGACGCUCAGGACUUUGCUGAAGAGAUUGGUGCACAGCACUUUGAGACCUCCAGUAAAACGGGGAAUAAUGUAGAUGAGUUAUUCCAGAAAGUUGCAGAGGAUUACAACAGCACUGCUUUCCAGUAUAUGACAGCAGAGGAAACGGGCGUCGACUUAGGCCAGAAGAAGGACUCUUAUUUCUACUCCUGUUGUCACAACAACUGAUGCUGAGGAGCAGGACAGGAAGUGUUUGCAUUCCCUCAGCUGGAGUCAAACCUGGAAAUGCUGGAAAGCUGUAACUCAUCUAUGAAUGUGGUACCAAAUCACAAAAAGGAAAAUCAAACAAAACUCUUUAUACUUUGUUGGAUAUGUUUCUUUUUUUCUUUUGUGCCAUAAUGAACUGAGAGCUGCAAGACUUUGGGGAAGAGGAUCCUCAACUGCUGGGUGGUGAGGGACUUAAAGACCACCACGCCCACUUUUUUCACCAAGUUAUUCAUAUUUAUCACCAUAUCAACUUGUGACUUUCCUGCAGCCCACAGGGCGAUAAGCCUCCCCAAGUUCACAGUGUUAAACAAUCAGAAGCAACACUGUGGUUGGACAACAGCCUGCAGUGGUAAGGGUGUGGGAUCCUCACUGAAGCCAGACUGAAAGAGAACUCGAUUGAUGCUGUGUGUUUUAGCGGUUGCUGUGUUUUGGGAGGGGGAGUUGUUUGUUUGCAAAUGCUGAUUUUGUUUACCUCCAACUGUAUUUAACAUUGUUGUGGAAACACAUCUGUCAGUCCUGCUCAUGUUCAGGCAAGGCUACACAGAUGGAGAAGCCAGCUAGGAUGAAGUGUGUCAGAAAACUACUUGUGUUCCUGCUCUUAAUUAAAGCCGGGGUAGGCAACAUGACCCAUAAUAACCUUUCAAGAGGGCGCUAGACUCAUGCAACUCCUCUACGCUCUGAUUUUAGGCUUUAAAAGAAAUCAAUCAGUUAAGCUUAAAAAAAAGAAAAAGCCUGAGUAAGAAUUCAUAUGUGGUAGCUUAUUGGGUUUUGCAGAAGAAUUUUUACCCAGAAGAGUAGGGUUUGAAUCCUGUGUGGAGACCAAACUAAGCUCAUGCUUCAGGAUGAAGGUUGUAGAUUCUGGCACAAUCUUGGUUUGUCUUUUCUAGUUUUCUACCCGCUGCAUUUUUAAGUGAAAUACUUGAAAAACUGGCAAAACACACGACAUUUUUCUUUAUAGAGGCCUUUACAGUAACAGUACAUCUUUUGCCAUGUGUCAGCCACGAAAGCGCCGUACGCUGCCACUACUCAGACUUGUUGUGCAUUUGUCCUAGUUGCCACUCAAGGUAGUGCACCAACACCCACAAAACCCCCCAAAAACUGUGGCCCAAAAAGCAUAAUUCCCAAAGACAAAAUAAUUUAAAUAAUAAUGCCUGAAUUGGGUGUAAAUUCCCCCCCCCCCC